AUGUCACGUCGUGACUUACGACAGAGUCGAGCUUUGCUGCUGCUAGUUGCAUCAUUGUUGUGCCAGUUAAUGCAGGCAAUAGAUGUGGUAGAUGGCUAUGGCCGCAGGGCCUUCCGAAGACUGGACUCACUUGACGGUAGCAGCAGUGGUGAUGACGCUACCGUGACGUCAGUCGAGAAGCAGCAAGAGCAGGAGGACUUGACCGUUCAGCCUUCGACCUCGGACGAUAGCUCGGACAGCAGCUUCCCUAGCACCCCCAUCACCAUCGUUGCAGUGGCGUUUAUUAUUCUCGUGGGCCUUGUGGUUUUUCUGGUUAUUCUUCGGCGCAGCAGGUCCGACUCUGACCAGAGUGAAUGUCAUGCCAAUCAUCCGCCAGAAAACUCUCGCUUUUGCAUGAAGCGCACGACGUUUGCCGUUCCCGAGGCUGGACACAGUGGCCACGUGGAAAUUGACUCGACCGGGUCGGUUGUCCCUGUGCUGGGUGACAACACUCUUCACCGCAAGAUUGAGGAAGCCGCUCAGCAAGAGCUCAAGCCCUCGUGGGCUGAAGCCAGCUCGUACAGCGUUGCUCCACUCAGCAGCCGACAUACAAGACCGGCGGUACCUAUGCUUAUCUACAUGCCAGCUCGAGGGCGUGGACUUACAGACAGCCACCCAGCUAGCGACUACAGCCAAAGCUCGCAUACAGACGACUAUUCUAUCGGCAUGCUCGAAUCGCCAGUAUCAACGGAGUAUAGCUUCGGCUCGGAAGGAGACGACGUGUUUCUGUCCGCGAGUUCGGAUGACGUGGAUUCGUAUCGGACUAUGGAUUAUACGUUCCUAUCUACCACCUCUUCGGACGUAUUUGGUUCGAAUCGGGCUCGGAACGGUGGCGCGUGGAAGCAAGUGUACGGUCCCAGUGACACGCCUCCGGGCCAGUCGCGAUUAUCUACGGGCACUCUUUUCGUGCGAACUAUUGAUCCGACCGAAAUAAGAAGGAUGCGUCUCGACACUCGUGCUUAUGGAGCUCGAGGAAACCGAAUGCGUUUUGACGUCGAGGUGUAGCGUAUAUGAGUCAAGUGCGAACUCACAGGGCAAGUUCUCCACUCUUAUUUAUCUUUUCGCUGUCAAUCUGCGCAAAAUACGGUUUACUACUCCUUAAAAUGAUGUGGACCUUAAGAAGCAGACGAGAGGGAUCCGUUGACUAACGAUCGUAAACUGAAGGAGAUGGACUCAUUUCUUCAUCAUCUCCUUGUCGCUUUUCUUCAGCUUGUAGGCUUUUUGAGGAUGAAAAGUCCUCAUUUCAACGCUUCAAUAUAAUCCUUUGCGUUAAC